AUGAGUUCGAUAAAUGAGGAAGAUGUGGUUGUUUAUUGCAAAGGAUCAUUUUGGCUUCUAUUUCUCUUCAUGAUGCGCAGCGCGGUAGCACUCACUUCAAAAGAUUGUAUGUGGCGCUUCAAUAUUUCAGAUUUCUCAACCAGCGGUUUUACUGAAAAAUUGGAAGACUGCAUUUACUACUUUCUGUUGCAUCGUGCAAAGUCGAUUUAUAAAGAUCCUCGCUUGUUGUAUUUGGACGAACCUCCUACUACAAGUGAUGAUGUAUUUACCAUUACAGUCAGCCACGUCAUUGUAAGACGUGUCGAAUUGUCAUGGACAGAUGAACGUUUGAAAUGGAAUGAAGAGGAAUGGCAAAUAGAUGAAUAUACAUUACAUGACAAACAUCAUAUUUGGAAACCCACAAUCAAUGAAGAGUAUUAUUCAAGGGAGUGCAGUGAAGCUCAAGGUUGCUAUUCGACAGUACAUGAAAUUGACAUAUUUUCAAGUGGCAGAGUUGUGGCGUUAUAUUCGUUCCGCUACCCUGCUUUUUGUACCGUUGACUACUACAAAUAUCCGGAAGAAGAGAAUGAUUGCUGUUUACUUUUCUCUAUCGGUGAUUUCAGUCGAAAAGUUCGUUUUGAUAUGCAAGUAAAAGGCAAGAUUGCCCUAUCACAAAUUGUCAAAAUGAAGAAAUUACCUAAUGAACCUAAAAAUUCUGCUGAAGAGCAUUCUGCAUGGAUGAUGGAGCAUCAAACUGUAGGCCUAACAAAAAUGGGUGGCUCAGAUGUGGAAUUUCUUCACAUUUGUGUUCACGCUAAGAAAGAAAUGUCAACAUUGCGAAUAGCCUUGAGACUUCCAGUUACUAUCGCGACUGUACUUAUGCUUGCUUCGCCACUAAUCGGUCAUCUCAACAGCCAAAUUUAUGUCAAGCUUUUUGCGCUCUCAUUACAAACUAUAUCAUUUCUUUUUCUGUGUUCCAUCGCGCCGGAAAGUGGUUUUGGAAAAACCAAACCAAAAAUUUGUAAGGAAUUAGUUUUAUAUUGCAUUUCAGAUACUUUUUUUGAAACGGUCGUACUCUUGACAGUCAUCAGCACAAUGAUAAAUAUGAUAACUAUUGCAUUAAGUCGAGUUAAGCGCACCUUUCCUCCACGACAUAAUUUUUAUCUAGCAGCUAAAGUCAUUAAUCGUCUCAUUUGUUGCAUAGAACCCGAUCCUGCAGCCAGUUACAUACGGCAGUUAGAUGAUGACUCACAACCAAAUCUUGACAAUACCCAACCAGAUUACACUGUUGAAUGGAGGCACAUUUACAUUGCUGCAAAUAACAUUUUUUCUGCUUUUGCUUUAGUAAUAUUUAUUGUUUUCGCUGCCUUCGAUGUUUUAUAA